AGCAAUCUUUCUCUGCUGAGGGCACAUUGUCCUUCCUUGGGCAGAAUUUCAAAUGAGUCCAGGCCAUUUUUCCUCCCUGUGUAGCUUGGAGCUGAUGCAUAAGCUGCAUGCCAGAAGCUCAAGGCUUGAAAAAAGUUCACGGAGCAGGAUGAAGCUAGGGCUUCUCAGUGGCUGUGUCCACAGAAAUGCUUUUCUGCUGGGUGUGAUUGCCCAAGUGUGCACUUCAUUGCCUGGAAGUUUCGUAAGAUGUAGCUGCAGGGAAGUCCCUAAAACUGCCUGGAUUUGUGCUUGUUUCCUUCCAGUUAAAGCAGGCUUUUGAAGCCUCAGGGAAUAAGAGGGUCAGAGCAUCUGCAUCCCAGAAGAAGCUGUUGGGAGAUAUGGGAACAAGCAUCAUGGACAAGAGAGCUCUCUGGGCAGGUUUAGUGGUCUCACUGCUUCUCCAGGGAGGUGAGUAGGUCAUGAGUCACCACUGCCUGAAUCUCCUAUCUCUGCUACAUGCAUUGCUCCCUCCAGUUCUGACACUAACAUGUUUAUGACUCUGACUGUCCCUUUGUGUACCCAUCGUGCUGGCUAUCUUGGUUGGUCCCAGUACCGGCAGGAACCAGGAAAAUUCACCGCUGAGAGCAUUGACCCCUUCCUAUGCUCUCACCUCAUCUAUGCAUUCGCAAACAUCAGUAACAACAAGAUCACCAUUGACGACAAGAAUGCCACAGCGCUUUAUCAGGCCAUCAGCAGUCUCAAAACCAAGAAUCCCAACCUGAAAAUCCUCGUGUCCAUUGGAGGGUACCUGUUUGGUUCUGAAGGGUUCCACCCUAUGGCUGAUUCUCCUAAUUCACAAUCAGCAUUUAUUGCUUCUGUGAUAUCAUUUCUGAGGAACCAUGACUUUGAUGGCCUGGAUGUCGACUGGAUCUAUCCAGAUUUGAAAGACAAAAUUCGUUUCACUGCAUUGAUUCAUGAAUUAGCAGAAGCCUUUCAGAAAGAGUUCGCCAAUACUAACAAAGAAAGGCUUCUCUUGACUGCAGGCGUGGCAGCGUGGAGGCAGAUGAUUGAUAACAGCUAUCAGAUUGAAAAACUGGCCAAAGACUUGGAUUUCAUCAACCUCCUGUCCUUUGACUUCCAUGGGUUUUGGGAAAGGCCUCUAGUCACAGGCCACAACAGUCCUCUGAGGAAGGGGUAUCGAGACCGGGGGAUGAGCUCCUACCUCAAUGUGGAAUAUGCUCUUGGAUACUGGGCACACAAGCUCAUGCCCACAGAGAAGAUAAUCAUGGGAAUCCCCACGUAUGGACGCUCUUUCACAUUGGCCUCUGCAGACACUGCUGUUGGGGCCUCUGCCUCCGGUCCUGGAGCCCCUGGUCCCAUCACUGGGUCAUCAGGCAUCCUAGCUUAUUAUGAGAUCUGCCAAUUCCUACAAGGAGCCAAGAUCACAAGGCUCCAGGAUCAGCAGGUUCCUUAUGCAGUCAAGGGCAACCAGUGGGUGGGCUACGAUGACGUGGAGAGUGUGAAGAACAAGGUUCAGUUCUUAAAGAAUUUAAACAUGGGAGGGGCCACGAUCUGGUCCAUUGACAUGGAUGACUUCACUGGCACAUCCUGCAACCAAGGCCCCUUUCCCCUUGUCCAAGCUGUGAAGAGAAGCCUUGACUCCCUGUGAAGGUAACAGAGCCUGGGGUUAGGGUUGGACAUGGGCAAAGAACUAGAAAGAAUAGGAAUAAGAUGCUGAGGCAGAUCAUCUUCACAUAUGUGGACUGACCUUUCUUCAGGUGCCAUUGCAUUUUCUGCUGUUUCCUUAUUGUGUGGGCAGAAUCUAUCCUUUGGUCAGCUUCCCAUCAUUUUUUAGAAUAGCAAUAAUUUUCAGGACAGGCAUUUACCCUAGACUCUUAUUAACUUGCCUGAUCUCAUGCUGAAGUGAUUGGGUUUAGUGUCUGGUU